UUCAAUCUUGAAUGUUCGUUGUUUUAUGCAGCGUUUUGAAGAUUUGGGAAGGGAGGCCUUAAUAAUACAGCAUUUUCGGGGCAAGCUGUAAAAGGCUAAAGCUGACCAAGCUUCCAAAGUUGCAAAGUUUUCAUUAGCAUAUUCUCCGACGCAGCUGCAAGGUGGCGCAUAAGUACGUCUCGUUGUUUGGAGAACAAUUGGAAAUAAGAUCUGUAGAAGGUAGAUAUGCUGAUUCAGUUUUUUGAGGGGCGCGUGUAACCAUGAACUGCCAUGCUGUAGUGCCCCAUUUGAGCGCGCCAGCAUUGGUUGAAUCUAGGAUUGCAGGCGGACCUAGUACUACAGGUCUAUGUAGCACCAGCCAACCUGCGGGAGACAGAUCUUCAUUCUUCCAACCUCCAGCUGUCAGUCGCAAGCAGCGUGUGAAACAGCCAAAAGCUGUCCCGUACGUUGGCGACCAUGACACUAAUCAGUCUCCUUCCAUCUCAGGGAGAACCGAGACUCAGAGGUACAGAUCUCAGACUGAACCAAAUGUUUUGGGAGCAAGGAAGACGAAGCAACACAGAGCGAGAAACGGCGCUCGGCGAGCUACUGCUGUAGAUGUGGCAACGGAGGAGCCAACGGAGGAAGAUCGAACUCCACAGAGGCGGCGGUACAAUCUGAUGGACGAUGUGGGACCGAAUCCGCUGGUGCUCGAGGCGCAGGGCAAAGUGUGCACAGGGCCAACCCAGACGCGGCCGUUAGAUGAGGAGCAGUGUCGGGCCGUGCUUGAUGCAAUCAUUAGAUCAGCAAAGGGCGAGCUCCCACUUGAAGAGCGCGUAUCGCUCGCCCAAAUGGGCGCCUUCUUCGGGGCCAUGACGCUGCGCGCUGAGACGUUCCCUCCACCAACGCAAUGGUCCGAGGGCGAGAAGCGCGCGAUGGCGGAAAAGUGGCCUGAGCUCCAAAAAGUCCUGCCCCCAGAAGUCCAGUUCUUAGCGGAUCCUGAGGGAACGCUGCUGGAAGGCUUGAGCCCUGUGGGGCCUGGUUACACUGGGCACUCGGGCAGGGCGGAGGAGCGGCUGGUGGGCGAUCUGAGGGAGAUCCUAUCGGGCGAGCACCUGGGGUACGAGGAACUCUGUGGGCUGUUGCGGGAGAUUCUGCCGCUCGAUCACGGGCAUGCUGGUUUUGAAGGUUCCGGCCGGGAGGGCUUUGGGGAGGAGGGGUCUGUCAGCGACGCACUGGUGGCCGCGUUUCUGAUCUGCCAACGGAUGAACAAGGAGACGGCGCGGGAGUUGAAGGCGUAUAAUUUGGCACUGGAUGACGAUGUUGGCCAGCCCCCCGUCGCGGACGUCCGGUCGCUGACGCACUACGGGGAGCCGUACGACGGGAACACGCGGUUCAUGCGGAGCACGCUGUUCGUCAUGGCCGUCCGCGCCAGCUACGGCGAGGCGGGGCUACUGCACGGGAUUGAUUACAUGCCGCCGAAGAUGGGCGUCACCGAGGAGCGCAUGCUGCGGCAUCUAGGCGCGGCAACCACGCUGCGCGCGCCCGCGGCGGUGACGCUUCUGGAAGACGAGCGGGUGGCCUUUGCUUACCUCAGCCAGCGGGAGGUGCAGCCGUCAGCCUACUCGCUCAACGACAUGCGGUUGCACAUUAAGAAGCGGCCGCCGUUUGCGACCACGGAGAAGGUGCAACGCUUUGUACAGGCCACUGGACGAGAGGCGAUGGUGGCUGGGUACUACCACGAGGGUUACGAGGAGCCGCUGCUAAUGCUCAUACGCAGGAGGGGAGUCGACGCAGGGAUGGUGGUCAAGGGCGAAGAGGGCGCGGUUUCGUUAACGACCAAGUCACGCUCCCCCGACUCGGGUGGAGGCCCCGGGGAACGCAAGCUGCAAGCCGUGAACCACGUGUCAGGAUUCCGCCCGGUUGAUGACGUUCCGGGGGAGCUUUUGCACCGGGAGCCUUUCACACUGGAUGUGGAAGCGGAGCGGUUUGGAUUCAAGUCGACGGCGACCCCGCGAACGGACAGAUCGGCGGCCAAGAACGUGGAACUAGGUAUGGCGGCUCUGCGAGGCGAGAAAGGCCCUGCGUACGACCGGAUCGUCUUCAACGCCGCUAUGCAGGACCACCUCCUGGGCUGCAACGGGGCCUCCGAUCCGAUGGUCGCGAUUGAAAGGGCAAAGGAUGCAAUUGACAGCGGGGCCGCGCUCCAAAGACUGGAAAACUAUGUCCGCCUUAGCCACAAGUUACUGUAACUGUUCCCAUAUUCAGUGGAGUGAAUAACGUCACCUUGUGUGCUCUUGUAAAUCGGCCGCGUAUAUUCUUUUGGACCACAGCUUGCCUCCUCAGAUUCUAUCCGGCAUUAAUUGAUUGGUAGCAAAAGCUGGGUUCUUAAUUCGUAGUCACAAUCACCUGGUCCCGGAUAUUACUUAAGAAAGUCGCUCUUGAACCUGACGGUCAAGGUGUUCAGAGUGCCACGCAUGAG